AGGAGAGGGCCCCCCUUCCUUUUCCUUUCCAUUGGUCCUCCUCCUCCUUUUGUGCUCUGCUUCUGCCCAGGAGAGAGCAAGACCCGACACGGCAAAGCUUCAAACUUUCAGUUUUUACAACCCUCGAUCGUAUCAUUGGCUCAACUCCGACUUUGCCGGGAUUUCUCCCGGAGAUUUUGGCGGGAUCCUUCCUCACAUAUCUCUUCGGCUUGCUUGGUCAGAUUUUGGUGAUUUAUGCAUUGCUGGCAACUGCUCGUCAAACUGAUUAACGUUGAACCCUUCAUCUUCCCAAAUCCAGCUGAAUUUGUGUUUGAUACUCCUUUCAGAAGGCCUUGUAUUGGGAUUACAUUAUUUGAGAGGUCAAUUACCAAUAUAUCAAGAAUAUUGUUGAGAACUCAUCUGUUGUUGAAUGUUCAACACUUAGAACCUGGUUCCAGUGAGAUGGACCCUAACAAUGGAGGAAACAAUUCCAGUAAUAACCCUAACCUUGCCAAGCAGCGGCUGCGUUGGACUAAUGAACUACAUGAGCGUUUUGUUGACGCCGUGGCACAGCUAGGCGGACCUGAUAGGGCUACACCGAAAGGUGUUCUUAGAGUUAUGGGCGUUCAAGGCUUAACAAUAUAUCAUGUCAAGAGUCAUUUACAGAAAUAUCGACUUGCAAAAUACCUGCCUGACUCCUCAUCUGACGGACAUAAAUCGGAGAAGAAAGGACCAGCAGAAGGCCUUUCCAGUUCAGAUGGUUCAUCAGGAUUGCAAAUCAGUGAGGCACUCAAGCUGCAGAUGGAAGUCCAAAAACGACUGCAUGAACAGUUAGAGGUGCAGAAACAACUUCAGCUAAGAAUCGAAGCACAAGGAAAGUACCUGAAGAAGAUCAUUGAAGAGCAACAAAAACUUGGUGGAAUCCUCGGGGAUUCUGGAGAUGAUUGCACAGGAUCAGACAAGAAGGUGGGACCAGGAACCCCUAUUCUUACAACUGAGUGCCCCCGUCAAGAUAAAGCUGCAAAGGAUUUGGGCCCAGCAAAGAGUCAGUCGGUUGAUGAUUCAUUUUCUUCUCAUCAUGAGCCGUCGACUCCUGAUUCUGGGCAUUGUCCCAUACCUGAGCACAAUAAUGAAGGUCAGUGGUCAUCCAAAAAGCGGAGGGUCGAGAACCCGUUUGCCAAGGAAGAGAUGGUUCUUCCACUCCAAAUACUCGAGUCAAGCUUGAACUCAUCCUACUAGCAACUUCGUUCAAUCUACCUUGGAGUCUUCGACAAGGCGUCUCUUCCCUUGAGCACGACCUAUUCUGUUAUUACUAUACAAAUGCUGAUAGUUUACAAUGAUGUAGACCAGAUGUUUUCGAUGGUUAUUGUGUAUUUGUACAAGAUUUGCUUUAGACCAUCUUAGUAAUUGUUUAGCUGAAACUGUGGAAUGGGAGCACUCUGUUAGAUGCGGUUGCAAAUGAUUUUUAAGAGAUGCA